UUAUUUUGAAUUUGUAUGACAAUAUGAACACGUAAAGAGAAAUUUUUUUAACGUCAUCAGAUUUUUUAUACUUUAGCUGUCAUACUUUCAUAUUUUUUUUUUCUAUUACACUACAAGUGAUAUAUAAAUUUUUUUGAAUUUUUAAAAUUUAUUUAUUAUUUAAAAUUAAUUAUAAUGAGUAUUGUUACUUGUAUAGCACCAGUUAAUAUUGCAGUAAUUAAAUACUGGGGAAAAAGAGAUGAAGAUCUUAUUUUACCAAUCAAUGAUUCCAUCAGUUUGUCACUUGAUACCCAGCAAUUAUGCACAAAAACCACCGUGAUGGCGAGUCCUAAUUUCAAAGAGAACAAAAUCUGGUUGAAUGGGAGAGAGGAGUCAAUCAAUAAUAAAAGAUUACAAAAUUGCUUAGAAAAAAUAAAAAGCAAAGCGACUCUGACAAACGAAAUGGAAAUGUGGAAAGUCCAUAUCUGUUCGAACAAUAAUUUUCCAACUGCAGCUGGUCUAGCAUCAAGUGCAGCCGGCUAUGCCUGUCUUACCGCAGCCCUGGCAAAACUUUACAAUUUCACUGGAGACAUAAGCGAAAUAGCGAGAACUGGAUCUGGAUCUGCUUGCCGAAGUGUCUUUGGUGGUUUCGUCAGGUGGUAUAUGGGCUCUGAUCCAACUGGAGUCGACAGCAUCGCCAAGCAAAUCGCUCCAGCUUCUCACUGGCCUGAGAUGAGGAUUAUAAUUCUAGUGGUGAAUGAUGUCAGUAAAAAAAUUCCUAGUGCAGUAGGUAUGAAAACUAGCGUACAGACAUCGGAGUUGAUAAAAUAUCGCGCGGAAGUUUGUGUUCCCAAGAGAGUUGAGUUGAUGCAAAAAGCAAUUAUUCAAAAAAAUUUUAAACAGUUUGCUGAGUUAACUAUGAGAGAUUCAAAUCAAAUGCACGCAGUAUGUCUUGAUACAUAUCCACCUUGUAAUUAUCUUACAGAUACUUCUCAUGCAAUCAUUGAUUUAAUUUCUUCUUACAACGAUGCCAGUAAUUCUAUAAAAGUUGCUUAUACAAAUGACGCAGGUCCAAAUACUGUUUUGUAUUUAUUAGAAGAAAACGUUCCUCAUGUUCUUGGACUUAUAGAUUAUUUUUUCCCACCAAAUGAGACCAGUAAUAAUAAUUAUAAGAGAGGAAAUCCUCCAGCAAGUAUCUCUCCUUCAAAGGACUUGUUAGAGAAAUUAAACUGCAAGAAACAACAGGAAGGAUCCAUCAAAUAUAUUAUUCACACACGUGUCGGUGAAGGUCCAACAUAUCUUGAUGAUCCUAGUGAACAUCUUCUGAAUAAUUCAGGACUACCUAAAGAUCUUUGAAAAAUACUUAAUAUAAUUAUACAUAACUGUAAUUUUCACAGUAUAUAUUUGAAAUAUUUUUAUACUAAAAUGGAUUUUAUACUACGGGUUUUUAUAAAUAUAAAUAUUUA